UGCAGAGACUUGAUACUCAGAAAGCAAAACCUAUCAUUUCUGUGAUAAAAUCAAAAGAGACUAAACAAGAUGUUUUAAUGUUCGAUGCAUUGGUGAAGAAAACCAUCCCUGUAGCCCCAAAGAAAACCAGAAGCACCAGGGAAAUAGUGGAGACAGCUAUAAAGGAAAAGAAGAUCUUUAGUAUGUCCGGCUGUUAUCCUGUCCUGCGGAAUUGCCUACAGAGAAGAGGAUGGGUGGAAAAGACCAUUUGCAGAAAAGUGACAGAUGCCAACAAACUGGUUGAUCCAGAUGGAAACCUGAGAUUCAAGGCAAGGCUUCUUUUCAAUGUGGAUCCCAACUUUUUCUGGAUCCCAAGGGCUGAUGCAAUGAACUACGACUUACUCAGUGAGGAUCAAAUCAUAAACCACUUCCAAAACGCAAAAUGCUUCACAACCAAGGCGGGGUUGUGCACCCUAUUGGACAGCAUGUGUUGGUUUGCAGAUGUUGAUCCCUAUUCAUUUGUCCCACGUUGCUACAGACUGAGGCAGAAAGAUGAACGUCAGGAAUUUAUUGAUGACUUCAUUCAGACAGCUGCCCGUGGCAUUUUGAAGUGGGUUUCGGAUUCAAACAUUCCAGAUUAUCCAUGUGAUAAUACUCAACCUGGACAGAAACGUUGGAUAGGAAAACAAAGCCAUACUGAGUGGUUAUCUGAAAGGACCACUCCCCAACCGACAGUCAAACCGGACAUUAUCUUGAAGGCUAUUGAUAUUUGCAAGACAUAUCUGGACAAGUUGGAACACAAGGACAUAGACAAAGAACUGCCAAAACCCAAGCCACCGGUGUUUUGGAAAGAAUUCUUGAGAGACUAUGAACGUGUUAUCCACGAUGGCGCCACCAUAGAGAAUGCUACACUCUAUGCUACUAGGUGCCAUUCUCUCUUACACACUCUUGAGGCAGUGUGCCCUCAGAUCGACAUUGAAGGUGAAAGGAAUAUCUGGAUUAUAAAACCAGGAGCCAAAUCCCGAGGAAUUGGGAUAAUAUGCAAGAACAAUUUGGAAGACAUUAUGUCGCUUCUGGACAGAGACCCAGUGAUUCCCAAUGAUGAUUUCUGCGUGGUACAGAAAUACAUAGAGAGGCCACUCUUAAUCCACGGAACUAAAUUUGAUGUGCGUCAGUGGUUUCUGGUGACGGAUUGGAACCCUCUUACCAUUUGGUUCUACAAGAGGUGUUAUCUCCGAUUCUCGUCACAGAUUUUCUCACUUAAGAAUCUAAACAGAUCUGUACAUCUAUGCAACAAUGCCGUACAGAAGUACUGUAAGAACUCCCCGGCGCGUCAUCCUGACCUUCCUGAUGAGAACAUGUGGCAUGACUAUCAGUUGAAGCAUUAUCUGAAGCUGAUAGGCGCAUUUCAUGCAUGGGAUGACAUAAUGUUGCCAGGGAUGAAGGAAAUUAUCAUCCAAACAAUGAAGAGUGCACAGGAUAAAGUAGUGCACAGAAAAAACACAUUUCAUCUAUACGGUGCAGACUUUAUGUUUGGCGAGAAUUUCCAGCCAUGGCUGAUAGAGAUCAAUGCCAGCCCUGCACUGUCAAAAGCCACAUCUGUAAGCAGCAAGCUCAGUGCACAGGUCCAAGAAGACAUCCUACGUCUCAUCCUGGACCGAAGAGAAGACAGCAAAUGUGAUGUGGGAGACUUUGAGCUCCUAUAUCAGCAGGUAUGUAUAUAGCAACCAAUAUUUGUCUAUUUAUUAUUAGUUAAAAGAAACACAUACACACACUAAAUGGUGGCUGAAAGGCAACCAGUAGACAUGGGUUAGGCUGUACAAAGCACUUUUCAAGAAUAGGGGUGUAAGGACUAGACACACAA